UCCAGAACGCGGGAAAGUGAAGAAGAAGUGAAGAAGUCUGAUUGGUCACUUCUCUAGGACGGACGCGACCAGGAAGUGCUUGUGUGUUUGGGGACGUCAACACUUUUCCUCGAGCAUCUCUGAUCAUUCUCACCUCGUUCACCGACUCCGGGAGCCGCUUCAUGGAGGAGCGGCGGGGAAAUUAACGUUAAAGUCGGUAAUCAUCGCAGAUCGUGUGAGUUUCGUGGGCAGAGUUGGGUUGAUGUUUGAUGGUGAUGAUGGCAGCAGCAGGCAAUGAGAGUCCAAACAGAAACAGUGAAGACAAAACAUCCUCCCGAAGACAGAAUGAAGUCAACAAGAAGCUGAAGUACACCAGUCUGGCGAUUCUGGUGAUCCAGAAUGCAUCGCUCAUCCUCAGUAUCCGCUAUGUGCGGACGCUUCCGGGUGAUCAUUUCUACACCACAUCGGCUGUGGUGAUGGCAGAAGUUCUUAAAGUCAUCACCUGUCUGUUCAUCAUCCUGAUACAGAAGAGAGGUAAUGUGAAGAGCUUCGUGUCGUUGUUGUAUGACUCUAUAGUCAUACAGUAUUGGGACACGCUGAAGUUAGCAGUUCCUUCGCUCAUCUACACUUUACAGAACAACCUGCAGUAUGUGGCCAUUUCCAAUUUACCAGCAGCCACAUUCCAGGUCACAUAUCAGCUGAAGAUCUUGACCACGGCUCUGUUUUCAGUGCUGAUGCUGCGGAAGAGUCUGUCUAGGAUCCAGUGGAUCUCUCUGGUGCUGCUGUUCGCUGGUGUGGCCAUCGUCCAGGUGGAGCAAGAGAGCGGCAAGCAGAAGGAAGCCGUGACUGCGGCCAACCAGAACUACUUCAAGGGCCUGCUGUCCGUCAUCAUCUCCUGCCUCUCCUCGGGCUUCGCCGGCGUCUACUUCGAGAAGAUCCUGAAGGGCAGCUCGGCGUCAGUGUGGAUGAGGAACAUCCAGCUCGGGAUCUUCGGGACUGUUUUGGGUCUCCUCGGCAUGUGGUGGAACGACGGCGCCGCCAUCGCUGAAAAAGGCUUUUUGUUUGGAUACACACCGAUGGUGUGGGGUGUCAUUUUCAACCAAGCGUUCGGCGGCCUCCUGGUGGCCGUUGUUGUGAAAUACGCGGACAACAUCCUCAAAGGCUUCGCCACUUCUUUCUCCAUCAUCGUGUCCACCAUCACAUCCGUCUACCUCUUCGGCUUCCACGUGGACCUGGUCUUCACGCUGGGCGCCGGAUUGGUCAUAGGAGCCGUCUAUAUGUACAGUCUCCCCAAAGCGAACACCAGCACUUCCAGCACAAGCGCGGCUUCAUCCAGCAAAGCAGGAGAAUCGGAGCUGGAUGCGUUCCUUCCAAAUCACAAGGCGCCAGGAAAGAAGAAAGGAAAUUGAACAAACAUGAUACAUUGGAAGAAAUUAAGAAAACUCAUUACACCUACAGGUCCAACACUCCUGCUUUGUUUCCAAAGGGAAAAGAAAUUAGGGUUAUAUUUCAAGUGCCUUGUUAUGCUCACAAUAUUAAAGUCUGAUUGUGCUGACUUACUUUAUAGAACCUCAUAUUUAUGUGAUGUGUCUGAUAUUCUGAUCGACUGAAGUUGUAUAAGUUGCUAGUAUAAAAAGGGAUAUUUUGUGUGUUUUGAAUGGUGGAACUGGAGAUAAGUAUAGAUGAAAGCGUCCUCGUCAAACUUAAAAUUCAGAAGGUACUGUGUUUUUUAUACAUUUUUAAUUUAUUUGUACUUUAUUUGCAUUCCUAUGCUUUUUGACAAAGAUGUUUUGCAGUGUUGUGUGUUUAUAUAGCUAUCUUUCUUGUACUAGUGCCUUAUACAUUUGGACUGUUAUGUGUGUGACCAUUACAGACCUUCUCCAAAGUGCGAGAGUUCAGCUGAACUGUUAUAUGCAUGAAUCUUACUCCAGAUGAUGAAGGAUGAUUUGUAGAUGAUGAAAUCUGCAUCUCAGACACGUUGUGGGUGUAAGUCGCCUUUUCUUGGAUUUUGUCAUAAUAUCUAGGCCUUAUUAAUAUGGAAAGCAU